AUGGCAUCGCUCAGCUCGGCCUCCACGUACCGCGCCGAGCUCCUCAGCGCCUACGGGCAGGGGCACGGCGAGCCCCGCUUCGAGGGCGACCUGCGGCAUGGAGCCUUCGGGGCACGGGGACAGGAGGCGUUUGGGUACCCAGAGUCCCCAGGUGCCAUGUACCCCUGCAGCCUGGGCACCUGGGUGCGUGCCCAGGGUGACACCUACCAAGUGGUGGCCGACGUCAGCCAGUUUGAGCCCCCUGACAUUGUGGUGACCACCUCCAACUGCCACGUCACCAUCCAGGCAGAAAAGGUGGCUGAGGAUGGCACCGUCUGUGACACCUUCACCCACAAGUGCCAGCUGCCCGAGGACACGGACCCGCUGUCGGUGAGCUGUGCCCUCACCGAGAUGGGCACGCUGGUCAUCACCGUGCGGCGCCGUGCCAGCCCUGGCCCUGGGCAGCGCCUGCAGGGGCUGCACUGCAGCGAGGCCGUGCUGUGAGCGGGGACAAAACGCGUCCUGCCCGGAGCCUGCCAACCCCA